GCAUGGAAAAUUGUGGAAUAAUUGGUAAUAGAAAUUUGGAAGAAUGGAAAAUCAAUCGCGAAUUCUUAAUAAGAAUAGCGAGGUCGAAAAAAUUUUUAAGAAUGAUUGCAGAAAAAUCUUAUGAAACGGUUGCAGAUAUGUUUAAAUUAUGGGAUAUUAUGAUAAAUGACAAGCGAGAUAUUGAUUUUUCUAAAUGGUUAGAAAAGUUUGCUGGAGAUAUAGCGAUCUCAACAUCAACUGGCUAUCUACUUACACAAUGCUUCCUUAUCUUAAUUCGUUGGGAUAUGAUUAUAAUCUCGAUAAUGUUCCAACUUCAGAACGGGAACAAUCUUCGAAAUUGA